CCACCCUUUUCGUCUUCAUCGCUGUCUGAGCUGAACUCCCAACUGCGUCCAAAUUUACCAACACACCAGCAUCGCCAUACUCAAACCAAACGCAAGAUGAAAGCCUACUUCUACGACAACCUCCCCGGUGAUCAACGCCUGCCGCAUGACUCCGGCACGGCUCUCAGCGAGUCGGAACUCUCCUCGAUCGGCGUGCUGUACUACCGCAUCCCGGAGCUCUCGGGCGUGGACGCGCUGGCCGCCGAGCGCGGGUACAAGAACCGGGACGAGAUCACCGUGUCGCCCGAGAAGAUGGGCGACGCCUACGAGUCCAAGGUCAAGAUGUUCUUCGACGAGCACCUGCACGAGGAUGAGGAGAUCCGCUACGUGCGCGACGGUAGGGGUUACUUUGACGUCCGCGACCGGGACGACCGGUGGGUGCGGAUUCAGUUGGAGAAGGAUGACUUGAUUAUUCUGCCGGCGGGAAUCUAUCAUCGAUUUACGACUGAUGAGACCAAUUACAUCCACGCUAUGCGCCUGUUCAAGGAAGAGCCCAAGUGGACGCCCUUGAACCGGUCUAACGAGCUGGACACGAACCCCUAUCGGAAGGAGUAUGUUUCUCAGUACCUAGCGUAGGUAGUUGGUGGGGACAGCAUCAGC